AUGAAAGCUCUCAUCCUCAUGUAUGGAAAAGAUAAUAAUUCUAUAAUUCCAUGGUGUGCCGCUUUCAAACAGUCUUUGGAUUUUCUUCAAGAUGUAAAUACCAAAAAAUUAAGGAAAUAUCCACAGCAAUGGACACUACUUCAUUAUGCAUCUGUGAAAUAA